UCCGGCGCUGACAUGGGCCGCCAGCCCGGCCGCCGCGCCGAGCCCACGGACGGGACAGCGCAGCCGCGCCGGCCCCGCGCGCAGGUCUCCGGGAACCGAGCCCCGUGAGUGCGAGCGCCGCGUUAUCACCCCGUCCACUCGCCGCGCUUGGACCUCCGAUCGCUCCGUGGACCCGUCUGCUCCCUGCGGGAGGGCCCGCCUCCCCUCCCGUCCGUCCGUCAAGAUGCCGAUCCUCAAACAGCUGGUGUCCAGCUCCGUGCACUCCAAGCGCCGCUCCCGCGUGGACCUCACGGCCGAGAUGAUCAGCGCCCCGCUGGGCGACUUCCGCCACACCAUGCACGUGGGCCGGGCGGGGGACGUCUUCGGGGACACCUCCUUCCUCAACAGCAAGGCAGGCGAGCCUGACGGGGAGUCCCUGGACGAACAGGCCGCCGCCUCCUCCUCGUCCAAGCGCAGCCUCCUGUCCCGGAAGUUCCGGGGCAGCAAGCGGUCCCAGUCGGUGACCAGGGGCGAUCGAGAGCAGAGGGACAUGCUGGGCUCCCUGCGGGACUCGGCUCUCUUCGUCAAGAACGCCAUGUCCCUGCCCCAGCUCAAUGAGAAGGAGGCCGCCGAGAGGGGCUCCAGCAAGCUGCCCAAGAGCCUGUCCUCCAGCCCCGUGAAGAAGGCGCUGGCCGGGGAGGGCGGCGUGGAGGAGGAGGUAGGCGCGGGAGAAGGGGGUCUCCGGCGGAACGGGGCCACAGGCCCCUCCUCCCCUGACCCCCUGCUGGACGAGCAGGCUUUCGGGGACCUCACCGACCUGCCCGUGGUGCCCAAGGCCAGCUACGGGCUGAAGCACGCCGAGUCCAUCAUGUCUUUCCACAUUGACCUGGGGCCCUCCAUGCUGGGUGACGUCCUUAGCAUCAUGGACAAGGAGGAGUGGGACCCGGAGGAGGAGGAGGAGGAUGGCGGUGACCACGACCACGAGGGCCCCCGUGGGCUCAGCCAGGCCCCGGCCCCAACCACAGCAGCCCCUGGCCUGGUGAGGCAGGAAGCUGGCAAGGCUGUCCCGGAGGACGAGGGCUGGGCAGCGGCGGCCCCCAGCCCCGGCUCGGCCCGCAGCGUGGGCAGCCACACCACGAGGGACAGCAGCUCCCUCUCGAGCUGCACCUCGGGUGUCCUGGAAGAGCGCAGCCCGGCCUUCCGGGGGCCGGACAGGGCCCGGGCCGCUCUGGCCAGGCAGCCAGACAAGGAGUUUUCCUUCAUGGACGAGGAGGAAGAGGAUGAGAUCCGCGUGUGAGGCGGCGGCGGGGGCCGGUGGCCGCUCCACGCCUUCGCCCUGCCCCCACCCCCUGCACCCUGUGACCCUAGAUGCAGGGCCCGCCAAGAGCAGCCCGGCGGUGGGCCCCAGGCCCUGGCCCAGGCGGACGAGGGGCAUCGGCGGCGUCCCCGGGCCUCGGGAGGACUUGCGGAGCCGGCUCGGGCGCCGUGUGCCAGCCUGACCUCAUUCCGCGCCCUGCCUGCCCGAAGCUGCCCGGGACCCGGGCUGUGUCCUCGCAGCAGGAAUCGGUUUUCCUCCCUGGGGCUCCCUUUCCUGCAGCCUGGCCUCAAAUGGCUGCCAGAUGUGAGGCUGCCAUGUGCAGCCGCAGCGGGUCAGCCCAGAGCCGGCCUCGGCGCCAGCGCCCUGCCUUUCUUCUCCUGCCCCUCUCUCCUCCAUCCAUCCCUGGCUCCCGCCCCCGGAAGCGGAAGCAGGAAGCCAGCCAAGGACACUACAUAAAGCCCCUUUGCAGGGGGAGAGACCCUGCUGGGAACAGAAGGCCAGCCGCCCAUCUUUGCGAAUCUUCUAGAAGGGAGGCCUUCUGGGACGACACUAGAGACAGGGGCGGGGCACUGCCCCGUGGGUUUGUUUGUUCUUUAGUAUUUUGUGUAAAUCUUUGUAGAGCAAUAUCGCCAGCGAGCAGCGUUGGUAGGCCUGCCCGCCGAAAAGCCCGGAUCAGAAUAGAAAACCUUUCUCCUGACAGUUCACAGUGAAUAUUAGGGGACGAAGAAGCCAGCUCACUUGUAAUGAGCGCUUCCAAACUUAGAACUGCGUAGGGUGGGGGUCUGUGCGCGUUGGCCCCCUGCCCCGUAGCUAUCAACAGCUCAAGCAGGCCAAUGUAGACAGUUUUUGGAGAGCGAUUUUUAAAAAAUAAUAAACCAUUCCUGGGGGUGGGGGUGGGGGCUGGGUUUGGGCUCGGUGGGUUCCUCUCCCACACACGAUUUCCCCUUCCUUGCUCAGCUCCCCCUGGGCCAAGGCCCACGGUGGGGGAUGGGGGGGUUUGCCAUUUAACACACACACGAAAAAAAAACACAAAAACGAAUGCAGAGUUAAACCUGAAUUUCAGGUAAAUGACGAUCGCGUUUGUGGGGUGGGGGGGGAGGUGGGAGUUUGCCCGUGUGCUAUUUGGAAGUUGUUCAGGUUUCCCCACUGUGCCCUGGAACCACCCUAGUAGAAGCUGGGGUGUGAGCCCAGGGGAUUGAUUCUCUGUCCUGGGAACAGGCUGACCCCCCUCCUCCACACACACCCUGGGGUCUUCAUGUAGCCAGUGGGGGAGGGGAGAGACACAAGUAGCUGCCAUAAGGGGGUUCUGGUGGGGUGGGGCCGGCUGCAGCUUCUGGCCUCCUGUCCUUGCCAGACCCUGCCACUGAGACACUAACUUAGCUGGUGCCCUGUGCCCACAGGUGCACCCUUCCCCAUAGUUUGAGCUCCUGCAGGGUUUUGGGGGGGGGGUCAUCCAAAGGGCUGCCCAGCCGCCCCUGAAUCCACCUAGGCCAGUCCCACCCAGAUUCUAAAUAAGCUGUGUAUUUUUUUUUUCAUGAUAUUGUUAAAGCAGCAAGGAAACAUUAAAAGUGCCCUCUAGCACCGGUGGUGUGGUCUGUGCUCUGGG